AUGGGUGAGAAACCAUGGCGGUGUGGCGAUACACGGCACUAUGAUAUACCAAAGAAUGGGGAUGGGUGGCAGAAGUGCAACGAAAUGGUGGAGAAGCACGACAACGAAAUGUGCGACGCCUGGAGAGAUGAGGUGGAUAAAUUGUUGAUUUUCGCUGGUCUCUUCUCAGGAGUUGUAACCGCUUUCACUACACAAUCCUAUCAAUGGCUAGCAGAACAAUCUGCAGAUUCAUCAGCCCGACUUCUCAGCUUCAUCGCAACACAAGUGGCAAACUCUACCAAUCCCUUACCGCCAUCCCUUGCCAUCCCAGAAUUCGCCGUCACUCAAGCUCAAAUCCGGAUCAAUGUAGUAUGGUUCCUCAGUUGCACAGUCAGCCUGACAACUGUGCUAGUCGGUAUCCUGUGCCUCCAGUGGCUCCGAGAAUUCCAACGUGAUGCAGCCGUCCCUCACAAAGAGGCCGUGGCCCUUCGCCAAAUGCGAUACAAGGGGCUGACGAAAUGGCACGUCCCCGGCAUCCUCUCCAUUCUCCCCCUCCUCCUCCAACUAUCCCUCGUCCUCUUCUUCAUUGGUCUCCUUGACCUCCUUUGGUCCCUCAACACCCCCAUGGCAGCAUGUGUCUCCGCAGUAGUUGGGAUGGUCAUGCUCUUCUUAAUAGCGACCACAGCCCUUCCUGCCCUGCAACAGGCCUCGAUAAGCGACAAACAUCUCCGUGUUCCUCAGUGCCCUUUCAAAUCCCCGCAGUCAUGGCUCUUCUAUCGCGUUGGGCGCUGGCUCUGCUACUUGCCUCUUCGCAGCUACCUCUUGCUGAAAAAACAAUUGCGAGCCAUACUCCCCUACCUUCAUGAACAUUUACGCGACAACAGCUGGCUUGCAUAUGACAAGCGCUGGCGCAAGGUUCGCGAUGCCGAAAAUCUCUCCUGGAUCGAUCCCCCGACGAUCCGGGAUUUCGACGAUAUUGUUCAUGGCCUCUACUGGAUAAACAAGACAUUCGCACACAGCGUCGAGGCCAUAUUCCCUGUCUACCACUCCCUCGCAGAGCUAGACAUUCCUGCUGCGGCAGCUACAGUAUCCGAGUGCUAUCGCAAAAGAGGUGACGUCAUCAGACUCCUCAACAGGUCCUCGUUCAAAGCAUUGAUGGAUGAUCAGUCCUCCCGGAAUGAGAUGCAAAAUCGGGACAUUAUAGCCGCAUAUUAUCUGAAAUUGUACCAAGACAGGCACCUAGUUCUGAAGACGGGGUAUGUGGAGACGGUGAUCCGGAUAUUGAAUACGCAAGAUGUGGCCAUGCCAUUCGAUGACUGGCUUUCCGAGAUCUUGCGGGAUCUGGCAUGGGACUGUUUGCCAGCCCCGUCAGUCACCACUGGGGCUGUGGCCCAGUUGAACACGAAUGAAAUCACUAUCCAAACCUUACUCUGCGUCAAACUCCUCGUCACACGAGACAGGCUAGGCCUCGAAGACGUCACCCUAUCAUGGGCUCUCCUCAGCCAAUUGCUCACACCCAAUGACUCAGAGCAGCUCAACCACGGCCACAUGAAAUUUGUCGGUGGGCUCUUUGAAGCAUUCGAAGUAUGGCUAUCGCAGGGAACAGAAACAUAUAGGUGGGAGAGGGUCAAGGUGUGUAUGGAGGGAAUGAUCAGGCUGUUCUCUUCCUCGAUCGACAUCGCGGCGCUGGAUGCUGUGUGUCCGGUACAAAUGGCCAAGGCGGCGGGGCUUGUGAGGGCACUGGAUGUGCAUAUGUCAUGGCUUGGGGGCACGGCGGCGGUGUUGAAGAGGAAGAGGCAUGAAUGGGAUAAAACUUAUGAGGUUGGGGAGUGGGAUUCUUUCGUCAGUCGGUUUGAGGGCAUUGAAGGAGGUGAUGGGUGAGGGCGGUACUC